GCCUCUUGCCGUACCUGGUUUUUGCAUAACAAAAUCCCAGAGGAAAUUAACGUCUGCUGCCAAUGAAACUCACAGAAUGAAUGGGAGCGCUUACUCCAGCUUUGACAACCAGGAACAUGUUCUGAAACUAGGAGAGACGUUUGAGAAACACCCUAAAAGUGCCUACCAUACUGUCCGAUAUGACUUCAAACCAGCAUCCAUUGACACAGCAUGCGAAGGGGAGCUUGAAGUUGGCAAAGGAGAGCAAGUCACUAUAACUUUACCCAAUUUAGAGGGUUCAAAUGCUCCAGUUACGGUGUUCAAGGGGUCCAAGAGGCCUUACAUGAAGGAGUGCAUCCUUAUCGUGAACCAUGACACAGGAGAGUACAGGCUGGAGAAACUCAACAGCAAUAUAGCUGUCAAGAAAACAAGGGCUGAAGGCAGCAGUAAAAUUCACUCUCGCCUGGAACAACAAACAAGUCGCCUGAGCCAGCCGAUUAAAGGAAACGGCAGCAGCACUAAUAAGACCUCAGCCAGCUCCAAGAGCUCUCCUCCAAAGCUAAAGACUUCUCCCGCAUCUCCAAUGGAUGACAUUGAAAGAGAACUGAUGGCGGAGGCACGAGUCAUGGACCAGCUGAGCAGCAGUGACAGCUCUUCAAACUCGAACAGCUCGUCUUCUUCGAGCAGCGACGAUAGUUCCAGUAGCAGCGAUUCAGAAGAUGAACAUAAUGCUGGCCCGCCUCCUGGCCCUACCAACCAGAGCAUGCCUUUGAUAAACACCAGCAGCACUGUAACAAGUCUCCACCAAGAGAGUGGAGGAGGCCUCAUUAUGAACACGCUCAAGAAUGACCUCCAGCUGAGUGAAUCAGACAGUGAAAGUGACUGAAGAAAAUAAAGGCCUCUGAGCGAACCAUCAAGGAGCCAAAGACCUAUCUGUUUUCUGCCGCUUAUGAAGUGUGAUUGUGUUUACAUAUUCACAGAUCUGUUAAACCUGAUGCCUCGCUGCCAACACGCAUAAUAUUUCAUCUUACGUUGCUCAUGUGAAAGCCCUACAUUUGUGAUGCCUUAGUUCUACUAAUUUGGUGCUUUAAUAGAAGCUGUGAAUUUGUUUUAUUGUUGUAGUUCAUUUAAAGCCUAUAAUGGGGUUAAACUGAUCAAUGAAAUGGAAGAGACCUAAUGUGAAAAGCCAUUGUGAAAUGGAGAUAGGUGGUCAUCUUAGACCACCUUCUUUACUUUUGCAUUUUAGCCUAACAUUAGUUACCACUGAUGCGACUUAUGUUAGACAUCAUCUAUUCAUUUCAUAUUAUGCUGCAUGACUAUUUCUGAAUUUUGUUGCAGAGAACAUGUUCAUGUUAUAAUCAGAAGCAGGAUUAACAAGGAUGCAUCAUUAAUGGGAAAACUACAGAAACAAGCUAAAAAUGGUCAAACUGUCAUUGGAGAGGUUGAAAAGAAUGAAAUGAUUAUCUUCAGGCUUCAUACUCUGCUCCUUCAGCUAAGAGUGUUUAAAUUCAGUUAAUUAUUACUGCACCAUCACUGUGGAUUUAAGUAGGGCCAUGCUUUGUAGCUUUAAACCUGCGAUACUUGAAUUGAAUUAUUUGUCUUUCUUAAUACUCUUGACCAGAAAUGAGUUGAUUUUAUGUUUGGUUUAUUACCAGCGCAACUGGAAGAGGAAGUUACAAGUUGUACUGCAGAGCCAGAUAGAUGUGUUGAUACUGAACUUGAGUGAGUCUUAAAGAGCUUAAUGUGCAGCUUUAGUUCCUCAGGGCUUCCUGUCUUUAUUCCCAAAAAUCCUUAAUCCCAGCUGAGUUGUCUCAACAAACAGGAAGCUGAUGUUUAUGUCCCAGACACUUUUUUGGUAUCCAAACCAUCUCAAUACAAUGAGAGGCUGAAGCAGGUGUCUUUUGAAAUGAAAAGUCAAAUGUAAAUGUAGCAAACAGAUCUUUAUCAAUUAUUAAAAGAGUUUAAUUAUU